UGUAGGUGCCUGCCUGCAUAUAAAUCGGCGUCAGUGCCGUGAGGGACAACUCUUUGAAGUUAAUCUGUGAAGUUUGUGCAAAAAUAUCCUGAUUUGUUACCGAACAUGGAACUGUUGGGCUUUGAGCUGUCUCUGACUUGGUUCCUCAUCAUUUGCGUUGUGUUGGUGGCAGCAUGGUAUGAUCGGUGGUGCCACCAGUACUUCCAGAGACGAGGCAUCCCGGUGCCAGACUAUAUCCCCUUCUUUGGCAACAUCCUACAGUGGCGCCAUGGCGUUCAGAAGACUUUUACUGAUUACGUAAAGAAGCAUGGAAGAGUCGUCGGGAUGUACGAUUUCCGGCGUCCAGUUCUGAUCGUCAAUGAUCCUGACAUUCUGAAGAACGUUCUGGUCAAGAAUUUCUCCAGUUUCUACAAUCGCAGAAAAUUCCCUCUCGGUCAAGAACCUCUCAACAGGGGCUUGACUCAGCUUGUGAAUGAGGAAUGGAAAGAGACACGCAACGUCAUCACUCCGUCAUUCAGUGCCUCCAAGAUGAGACAGAUGUCGGUAAUGAUCAACGAGUGCUGCGACACUCUUGUGACAAACUUCAGCAAGGCGCAGGAGGGCGGGAAAUCUGCCGACUGCAGGGUGUUGUUUGGGGGGUUCACCAUGGACGCCAUCGCGAAGUGUGGAUUCGGUCUCAAGGUUGACUCCCAGCAAAACAAGGACGACCCGUUUGUCCAGAAUGCCAAGAAGGCGUUUGAGUUCAGCCUCUUCAAUCCUGCUUUCAUGAUAGUCUCUGCCUUUCCUGCGUUGGCCCCCGUUCUUGCUUAUCUGAAAUUCGACCUGUUUGAUCCGAAGACCGUCAAGUUUUUCAUGGAUGUGACGGAGGCAGCAUGCAACAUCCGCAGACAGGAGGGCAGCGAGGCUUCAAAGCACAUCGAUUUCUUGCAACUGAUGUUGAACGCCCACAAUGACGAGGAGCACGACGAGGAAGACACGCCCACCAUUGAGAACGGCACGGACAAGGGCGUGGUCCAUCGCAGGGCUUUGUCCAAAAUCGAUGUCAUGGCUCAGGCUAUCACUUUCUUCCUGGCUGGGUACGAGACAACCAAUACACUGCUUAGCUUCACCGCUUACCUGCUGGCCACCAACCAAGACGUGCAGGAGAAGCUACACGCUGAGAUUGACGACCUCGCUCCCACGAGAGACAAUCUUGGCUAUGACGUCAUCGCCAAGAUGGAGUAUUUGGACAUGGUCAUCAAUGAGUCACUGCGCAUGUACCCUCCAGCCGUCAUAUUUGAUCGCAUGUGCAACGAGACAAUCACCUAUGACGGUCUGACUAUCGAAAAGGGUGUCAACGUGUUCGUAAGUCUCUGGACCUUACAUUACGACGAGGAGUUCUGGCCAAACCCGACCAAAUUCGACCCCGAAAGAUUCAGCCCUGAGAACAAGGCCUCCAUUAAGCCGUGUACCUACAUGCCAUUUGGCUUCGGUCCCCGUAACUGCAUAGGUAUGCGCUUUGCCCUGCUGGAAUCCAAGAUGGCGCUGGUCCGUGUGCUGCAACAGUAUCGCUUCGAUGUCAGCUCGGAAACCGAGAUCCCGCCUACCCUUGGGAAGACCGGGUUCCUUGCUCCAAAGAGUUUGAUGCUGAAAGCUGUCCAGAGAAAUUAAAUAGCAAGAAAAGACAUCAGACUGUGACGAGUAUUUCUGACAUCUCAUUCGAGAGUUGUUUUAUUUCUCGUUUCCAUCUAAUCAUUUUUAUGGUGAGAAUGUAGCGUGCAAAGUCUGCCAACUUCUAGACACAAAAUAGCAGCCUGUCGAUUUCGUUGCUGCUGCUUGUAUUCAAAUCGUUCUAACGUCUGAUUUUAACAACAGGUUUAAUCAAUAAAAUUGUUUUUCUCAAAGAAAAUGUAUUGGAUCUGACCGAUGAUGAUAGAAAUAUGAACAGAGUUUAGCUGUGCUUUACUUGUUUUGCGAAGAGCUGCUUCGAGGAGGUGCGCGCGAUAUGCUUUGCACCCUAUGCUUGCAUUUUGUAAUCACUGCUGACAGGACGAAAUAAGAAAUUUUUGUGAAGAUUCUAUCUUUGCAAUGGCCUUUAAAUUAUGCUGGGAUUGAUUUCCGGAAUUCUUUAAUAUAUCUACGUAUCUUGGCGUACAUGUAUUGAGUUGGUUUUCGAAAAGUGUGAACAUGCAAUCUACACCAGUUUCAGCUAUAGUUCUUUUUAUAUCUUUCAUAUGGACUGUAAUCAUUAUAAUAAUUGAAAAGUUUUCAUAUUACUGUAGAUUUCGACGUACAUUUUAUAGCAGAAUGCAUUAUAUUCACUUCUUGACUUUUGUGAGGCAACUAUACAUAGUAAUGCUUGCAGAUAUUCUACCGAAACUGUGUAUUUUUGAGUGUAAUGGAUAAGAUGUGAUACCACGGCCUGUCAUAACUUAAAUGCUCCGGCAUUUUGUGUCAUGUUAUCGUUGAAAAGUCCAGUUGACUUUUCUCAAAGGAGUCUGGAGUUUCGGAAGAAAAUAUGCGUUUCCCCAGGGUUAUCAUUAAAGACCUCUUUGAUCUCUUCUAUAGUCUUUUUGUGUGGUGCAGUUCCUAAUUACGGUACAUUUUUUGUUGGAUUAUUUCCAACGUCCUGAUUGGUAUUAGGCCAGCUUUGUCAUGCGACCUUUUAAUGUAGAGUAUAUUUGGAUUAAACCGAUAUAGCUGCAGAGUUGUAAAAUGUACAUUAUAUUUCGGAUAAGUUAGUGCUUUAAACGUCCGUUCAAGUUCAAACGAAGAUCUUCCCAUUGCAUUUAUUUAGGGACCAGCCUUUGUAGUUUUGUUGAAUUUCUGCAUUGGAAGCCACAUAUUAUUGCUACUUUUAUUGGGUUUUCUUUUUUAAGCUGAGCAGAUAGCUUGUCCUCUUCUCUUACUGGUGUUUUUGUAGGAGUUGAACGCUUUCAAAAGUUUCUAUGAAAGAUGGUGUAAGGAGAGAUUACGCGUUGAAUUAUAACAUAGGGAUUUAUUAACCAAAUACUUGGUGUAUUGCGGGUAAGCAGGUGGGAUAGCCAGGAGCAUAUCCAGCUUUUGCUGUUAGUGGGGCAAAUUCAACAUGGUGUUGGGGGGGGGGGUUCCAAAGCCUUACGGUCUCCACAUCCUUGCUUCUAUUUGCUGGUGGUGUUAUUCUCCAUUGCUGGAGUGCAAAAACUCUGUUUGUUUUACAAACAUUUCGAGAGAUUCUUUGAAGUAAAUUAGGCCAUUUUUCAUAUCGGCAUCAUUUUUUUUGUUGACAAAAGUCGAUAAUGUUUAUGCUAUAAAGGUCGCCGACACCAGUGUUUGUCUCAAUACAAACCUCAAGCUUUAUCUCGAUAAGUUAGCAUAAACCUUUGCACUCCAUGCCUGCCUUUUGUGUUCGAAGUCUGUGCCCUUUUGGCUUUGUAAAGAGUUCGUGUCAAUCAUUUUUAGCGACAAAAAGGUCUCUUGCCCUGGCUGAAGACGGUGCCACGAGGGAUCUGGGAAUCGCUAGGUUUUUCUUCCCGGGGGAAGAGCAAGUUUAUCAAAGGUGAAUGCACUUUUCACCUGGAAGAGCAAAGCGCUCACCAGCAACGAACUGAUCUACUACGAAAGGCGGAAGGCGGAGCUAAAGGAUUU